UUUGCAUAUAUUGCAGCAUGAAAAUAGAUGCUGAUACACAGUUUUGGCUACACACUUGGUUAUAUUGAUUAUCUCUUUUUGGGUGAUUACGUUGAUCGUGGCCAACAUAGCCUGGAAACUAUUACUCUUCUCCUUGCAUUGAAGAUUGAAUAUCCACAUAAUAUACAUUUAAUUCGUGGAAACCAUGAGGCAACAGACAUUAAUGCUUUAUUUGGGUUUCGUACCGAGUGCAUCGAGAGAAUGGGAGAACAAGACGGAAUCUGGGCAUGGCACCGUAUUAACAGAUUGUUUAAUUGGUUGCCUUUAGCUGCUUUAAUGGAGAAGAAAGUUAUCUGCAUGCAUGGUGGUAUUGGUCAUUCCAUAAAUCAUGUAGAGCAGAUCGAAAACCUUCAACUACCUAUCACAAUGGAAACUGGCGCAAUAGUUCUUAUGGAUAUGCUAUGGUCUGAUCCAACAGAGAACGACAGUGUUGAGGGGUUAAGACCAAAUGCCAGGGGGCCUGGCUUGGUUACUUUUGGGUUAGUUAUUGAGUUCUGCAAUAAUAAUGACCUCCAGUUGAUAGUAAGGGCACAUGAGUGUGUCAUGGAUGGUUUUGAACGAUUUGCUCAAGGUCAUUUAAUCACUCUUUUCUCUGCAACUAACUAUUGUGGAAUAACAAAUAACGCGGGGGCAAUUUUAGUUUUGGGACGAGAUCUUGUGGUUGUCCCAAAGCUAAUUCAUCCCUUACCUCCUACCUUCCAUUCUCCUGAAACAUCACCGGAACAUUAUAUUGAGGAUACAUGGAUGCAAAGACAAAUUAAUUCUUAG